AUGGGCCUUCGAAGGACGCAACAGCAAGGCCAUACGGUCAACACUAUCCGCGAUGCAAUGGCCGACCUGCAUGAGACAUAUCCGAACGCAGGAGCACGUGAAAUGGUCAACUUGCUAUUUUAUGAGCGUAGCCAGUACGGUCUUGGUCUCCAUACCGGCAUCAAGCUGUUUUCAGGUCACAUCAUGUGGAUUAGGGUAUGGCACUCAAACCGAAACCCACAGCUUAUCCUUAGUUAUUACCUUGACACGCUCGAGAAACUUGGACAUAUGCCUAUGGUCACCCAAAGUGACCCUGGAUCCGAAAAUUUUGGAAUUGUCAAUGCCCAUACCAUGCUCCACCAAUGGCAUGAUCCUGCCCUACAGGGUACCCUGCAGCACCGCUGGAUGCGGAGUAAGAAGAAUGUAAUGCCUGAGAUUACGUGGUCACAACUACGACGUCGUUUUAUGCCAGGAUUUGAAGCGCUUUUGGACCAUGGUGUCCUGUCAGGCUGGUAUGAUACUAACAAUACUCUCCAGCUGUGCAUCCAUUUUUUUUCAGCAGAGGAUUUCGGCAUGCUGGACUUCAAAAUCAAGGUGGAACACGAAGCACUGGACCAUGUGCGCAACAUUUACAUUACACCGUCUCACCCUGUCUUCGAUCUGGUGCCACGCCCCUUUGGUGACAGUGUCCAGCACUGCUAUGAUGAACUAGGAUGUCCGUUAGUCACGAGGCACACUGUCUGGGAGGUCUAUCUGCGCUUGCUUGGCAUGCUGCGCCGUGAUGAGAUACCACAUCAUAUUGACAAGCUUGGCAAUGUAGAGGAGGAUAUUGAUACACUACAGCUUCUAGAGGAUCACGAUGAGUUACCGUAUCGCGAGGAAAGUGACGGAACCUACUACAUGGGUGGAGUAGGCGGAGGUCUCGGACUUGGUAUCGAGCAUUUGAAUCACCUAGAGCGCCUCGCUCGUGAUGAGGAGCCCGAAAUCACUCUUAGUGUCGAUGAAAACGAUGGACUGGAUCAUGCAGGGUUGGUGGUGUGGGAGUUCUCUGAUGACAGUGGUUCAUCAGAUACUUCAGACGCUGACUGGUGA